GUGCCUUUUAAGCAGGAAGUCAAUGUUUUCUCAGUUAGCUGUUUGAGGAAUAUCUGCUAUGUAGUGUGUCGUUGAAAAUCAGUUUGAAAGGUACGGAACAAUGACGGUGGAGCAGAGCUGACACGGACAGGUUGAGAAACGUUCUGUGCAGGUUGGUGUGGCUUCCACGAGAUUCGGAGCAAUCUGAAGAUUAAACUCUUCUCUAAAAGAGACGGAAGCUGCUUGAAAAUGUAUGGAAACAACGCCCCCUUCUCCUACUCCCCGAGGGCGGUUUUACAAGAGGACCCCCCACUACAGAGGAGUUUUUUCCAGCCAGACGACCUGAGGGGUUCUCCACUGCAGGGCAACAGCCUGACCAGACCCAGUGGAAAAUCCAUAUAUAUGCAGAGAAAAGAGUACUCUGAGACGCUGACCAAGCAAAGGGACAACUUUCAUGUCAGAGUGGAGCAUCUGUUGACCUGUGAUCUGGACGGCAAGGAGGUCAAUAAAGUGGACGACUGCCUGGCCAAGCUGAAGUGGCUGGAUACCAAAGGUCGUCUGUGGGGACAGGAGAUGAUCAUGGACGUUCAUGGAAGACAUCUGACGCUCAGCGACAUCGAGACCAAGACAGAGCUAGAGGUGCUGCCUUUGAGUAGCAUCACACAAACCAGGGCUAUACUGGACAGCUGUGCCUACAGCUCUCUGCUGGCGAUUACCGUGCAGGAGCACAGCAAACGCAUCCUGCAGGUCUUCAUGUUCCAGUGUGACGAGAUCGCGGCGGAUCUACUCAAGGCAGAUCUGGAUAAAGCCCUUCAGAAGAGAGGCGAUGACGUGGAACCACGCAGGGACCAAUCAGACCUCAGAAGUAAUCUCGCAAAUAUCAUGCGGCAACAAAGUUUUCAGCAGCGACGAAGCCCAGACUCCACCCUGCCCCCUCCGGAGCAACCUCUGACACGGUGGCGUAACAGAGACCCAGAGAGUACGCCUCCCCAAUGGGACUACACUUAUGAAGAACUGCCCCAUCCUGAUCUUUAUGACUUACAGAGAAGCCCAGAGCUUCAAUCUGAGCAAACAGAAGCAGAGUGGAACACGGACAUUUUUAACCAUGUUCUUGAUGAUUUGGAGAUUUUCAUGGGAAAGCUGUCCGAUGCCCCAAAUUCAACUUCAAUGCGAAAGAAAAACAGAAAAUCUAAGAGAGCUGCAUCAGCUGACAGUCUGCCGCCCAGGGAGGAGUAUAUCUCCUGUCUCCAGAAAAUCAGAUAUGGAUUCAAUCUGCUGGGUGAGCUGGAUGGGGCACUGACCAACCCCAACGCUGCUGACUAUGUCCACAUCCUCUUCAACAGUUUGAGCAUGAUCGUUCCUCGGUACCCAGCAGACCUGGUGCCCGCUGUGGUCUGGCCCCAGUUGACGAUGGCGGCCCUGCAGCUGAUCAGGGCAGAAGUCAACCCGAAGGAGGGACGCCUGUGGAAUUCUCUGGGAGAUUCCUGGACCGUCUCCAGGUCCAGAGGGCCUCAUGAUAAUACUCCACCUUACAGCCCAGUGUUCUACGAUGGCUGGCAACCGUUUGGCCUCUCACGCAUGACCCCCCCAUCCCAUUACCAGGAAAGUCAAGUGAGCAGGAGCAACAGCCAGCGUAUCCCGCCUGUCCGACCAAUUUCUCCAAACUUCAGCGAGUCUCCUCUGACCAUGCAGGCAGUUAACAACUUCACGGCCAGAAACAACCGAGAGCUGAGUAUCAUGAAGGGUGACAUGGUUCAGGUGAUUCAGAAAUCCAAGCAAUGGUGGCUUGUUUCUAACGCUCGUAAUGAACAGGGAAACGUUCCCAUGAAUGUUUUGGAGCCAAUAGGGAGCGCCAGGGAAAAUGUACUGCAGGAGACUCGUGGACCAGUGAUUAUGGACAUGAACUCGUCGCCUGCAGAGGUGAGAGCCUGGCUUCAGUCCAAAGGCUUCUCCAAGAUCACUGUGACCAGCCUCGGGGUGCUCACCGGUAGUCUGCUGCUGGGGAUGACCAAGGACGACAUAAGGACUGUUUGUCCAGAGGAGGGAGGCAGGGUCUUCUUCCAGCUUCAGGCCAUUAAGUCGGCCAUAGCGCUCGCCAGUGAACCGUCAGGACCAUACAACGGCCGCUACUAACGUCCCACCACACGGCUCCAUCUUUUCGUUUUUUCCAGAUAAACGUCUGAAAUCAUCAACAUUUGUAAUUUGAUGUCAUAAAUGAUGUCUGGAUGGUUAUUUUCAUUAUGAAUGACAUCGCAUCAAAUCCUGAUUUCUGUCAUUCAGGCGAAAUAACUUUUAGUGAAUUCAAUUUUCAUGUAUGUGUUGUAACAUGUAUGACAUGCUACAAUUAUUCGUUAAUUAUUUAGUUAUUUCUUUGCUCACUAUGUACUUUUACUCAUCGACAAUUUUCCAGAGGAUGAAAUAUACUGUAAAUUCACAUUAAAGUUCCAUCAAACGGGAUUCUUCUCUUUCUGAAGCAAAAGUUGAUGUUUCUUAAGCUGUAAUUUAUUUUUGACAGAUCAUAAUGGAUAAUAAAAAUCAUGUGAUUUAAGGCUAAUUUAAUUUUUUCUCCUUGCUUU